CUCCUCUUUCCUUCUCUAUACACUUAAGAUGAACUGCCCGCCCCUCCUCUCCCUUCAUCAAAUCCAGCGUCCGAGAUUCGUGUCGUCACCGCCGAUCGAUGUGAAACUUGAAGCCGAUUUUAAAGCGGUGUCGACCUGUGAGAUAUGCAUGUUGUCUUGUGACUCCGAAAUCGAAAGUUUGGAGACGAAGAAGAUAGGACUGAGAAAAAAAGAUAUGCAUACUAGCCAUUAGGUUUCGCGAUGGGACUAUUGUGCGUAUUAGGAGUGUUUCUUUUGUAGUGAGUGGGAUUAGUAUAAGUAGUGCUUGUGAUUCGUAUUAAGACUAUUGUGCGUAUUAGUAGUAUUUCUUCUGUAAUGAUUGUGAUUAGUAUUAGUAGAGAUUGUGAUUCGUAUUAUUAAUAUAAUUUAAUUUGCAUUCAUAGUGAUUGUGUAGUAAUGUUUUUCGUAGUAUUUUUAUCUAUUAGUAGUGAUUUAGUCUCUCUGAUUUCUGUCAACUACUAAGUAGUAAUGAUUUCAUUUGUUUAUUUCAAUUUCUAUCCCCUAAAAAUCACUACUAUUAACAAUUAAAUCACUAUAACAAUUUUAAAAUAACUACUAUACGCACCAAAAAUUACUACUUAAAAGUUGAAAGUAGUACUGAUUUUUGAACAGUUAUUUUAGGACGUAGCUACUGCGAAGAGAAAAGGACAUUUCAAAAUUUUAAUUUUUUAAUUUUCUAAAAUGCCUAAUAUACCCUUCACUAUACAACACCAUUCGAUUCACUUAAAAUGAACGAACGGUGAUUAGAACAGUUAAGAUGGUGCUAACUCCUAUUAAGUUAGCACCCUAGCUUCUCACGAUUGGUACAAUGACUUAAUUAUUCGAUUAAUAAUUUUAUCAAAUCUAAUAACGUACAAACAAAUAUUGUUUUCCUUUUUUUCUUUCAUCCUUUUUAUUUUAUUUUUAUUUCUGUUACUAAAUGAUUAAAUUUCCGCAUUAUUCAACGAGAGAGAAAAAAUAAAUCUCCGCAUUCUCGGAAAUAAUACAUUUGGCAAUUAAAAUAUUCCCAAAUCGGUAGUGAGUAAACAUGGAGCCUGAGUAAUGGCUGACACGUGGCGGUAUCUCUGCGGAAAAAGGUGAGCGUUCACAGGACCUAUCACCCCUCUCCUUCGACGGCUUUGAUUUUGCCAUGUUGGUUUCACGCCAUCGCGUCCGUCCAUUUCGUCAGGCAACGAAAGGCCCAGAUCUAACCAUGUAUGACAGAGACGAAUCUGGACCGUCCGCUAGGGCUCUGGAGUGGGUUGCGCUGCCAGUGAAAUAGGCUAAAAAGAUGAGAGGAGAGGAGAGCACGGAAAGAGGACAGAGAUAGAUAGAGAGAGAGAGUCAGGGGGGAGAAACAGAGAAUUUUAGAGAGAGAGAAGGGAGAAGAAGAAGGAGAGGGGAAGGACUAGGUGGAGAUAAGUGAGAGCAGAGCGCCAGAGGGAGAGGAGAUAGAUCUUCCCUACUGGAAGGAAUUUCUCCACCUCCGAUUGUGUGUAGGAUAUCGCCGGCUCAAUUAGCGCCUCUCUGAAUUUUUCGCCGGUUCCGGCGACACAGAAAUCCACCAUUUUUGCCGACCAGUGAUGCUCGGUUUCCGGUGAUGUGAGAUGCGAUUCAGCUCCUACACCUUUUCUGUUUGUUAACACCUUAUCACAACGCCAGAUAUGGACAGAAACAGAGAACCUAGACGAGUGGCCAUGGCCGUGAGCAACGGCUUGAACCGGCGGCGACAUAGGAGUAACAGCCUCAGAGACUCUCCAGAGGACGACGGACCUGUGGAGUUGCCGGAGACGGUGAGGCUGCGAGAUCGGGGGAUUGGUAAAAAGGAUCGAGAUCGGGACCGGGACAGAGAACGGGAGAGGGAGCGAGAUCGUGAACGGGACAGAGAGCGGGAUAGAGAUCGGAUGAGCAGCCGGAGCAAGCGCCGGCGAGGAGACCGGUUGAUGCACGGCAGCAUCAGAGAAGAUGCCGGCGAUGAAACGACGGAAGAGAGUGUAAACGACGAUGAGGAGGAGGACGACGAUGACGGAGGCGGAGGCGUGGGCGCCGCCAGCUCCCUGAGGAUGUUACCUCCGAAUCCAUCGUCACUCUCUUCUUCUUCUUUGUCAAAUCACCAUCACCAGCACCACCAUCGGAAGAGCUUUCCGCCUCCGGCUAAAGUUUUUAGGGCUUCUCCGGUCGUUACUGCGACUCCUUGGAAGGCUCCCGAUGAGAUGAUUGGGGUGUCGGUGCCUAGAAAAGCUCGGUCAGCUUGUACAAAGAGGUCUCAUGAACCUUGGGCUUCAAGCGGUGGAGUUGGUGCAGAGCAAAUUCAUCGGCAAGCUUCGCAAUCUCCGGUGAGAUCCAGUGGACAAGGGAUUUUGGCUUCAGCGUCCCCUUCCCCUGCUCCGCUCUCACCUUCUUCUUCUAACGCUUCAGCUAAGAAGAAGAUGGCCAAUGGCCAGAAGCAGAAGCCGCCGAAGUCAUCAUCAAAAUCUACUUCCUCAGCUCAAGACGAGAUUGAGAUUGAGAUCGCAGAAGUGUUGUACGGACUGAUGAGGCAGCCUCAGGGUCCUUCAAAGCAAGAAACCAUGCCUCCCACCGCCGAUUUGAAAGAAGUCAACAACAGGCUGAACACCGAUGCCAAAUCCAGAGUCUCAUCGCCGAUCUAUAACUCGUCGGCUACUUUACCUCAACCUUCUUCGGCCCCACAACUAACUAAUUCUACCUCUUCUGCUACAACCAUAUCUGCAACUGCCCCUAAGAGGAAGAGACCUCGGCCAGUGAAGUACGACGAUGAGACCCCAUCAAUAUUCACUGUUCGGAGCAGCUCUCUCCCUCAGCCAAACAAGGUUGAUUCCGAUCAUCCUGCAAAAAUAGAGGCAUCGACUUCCAUGCUGGACAAGAGUCGAGUUGCGGUAGCUGAAAAUGGUGGUGCCGUAUGUAAAUCAUCUUUGAAUCACGCGGUGGCGGCAACGACGCCCCCUUCAGAUCAGUUCCCGGAAUCAGCGAAGGCCGACAACAACAGCAUUUUGUCCAAUUCGAAGCCACCGUUGACUGGCGAAUCAGAUGCUAGAGAUAUGGUGGAGUCGAAAGAGGAGCCCCGAUCGCCGUUUAAAGAAUCUGCUUCCUCUGCUCAUAGAUUGGACGACGAUCGCGAGAAUUCUGUGGCCGUGAAACCUGAUUCAGCAGUUAUCGAGCCUGAGAAUCCACGUGAAGAGAAGUUUCAGAUAGAUCUGAUGGCUCCUCCUCCGUCAAGAUCAUCACCAGAAAGGGACAGUGAAGUUAAUUUUGUGGCUGUAGAUCCUAAACCAGUGGUCACAGAUGGUGAAACGGAGACGAAGCCAGCGGUCAAAGAAGAUGAGAAAGCGGUGAAAAUUGUGAAGGAGGAUGUAAAUGUGGAGCCAGAAGAGAAAAGGAUGAAAGUUACAGCAUUAGGAGAUGUUGAUUCUCAGAAACCAGGUCGAGAUUAUAGUAAAGAGAAGAAUAUUGAUCUCCAGCUUGAUUUGGCGAGGCCAGAGAGGGAUAAUGGCAAUUCUUCAAUCAGUGGGAACAAGUUGCAUCUUCAUCCCCAGAAACAACAGCAGCCACAAACCAUCUCCGAGAAAGCUACCCAAUCAUCCACUCUACCUUUGCCAAUGUCUAUGGCCAGCUGGCCUGGUGGGAUUCCACACAUGGGGUACAUGGCACCUUUACAAGGCGUUGUAUCCAUGGAUGGAAACCCAGUCACUCCUACCCCGAUGCAGCCUCCCCAUUUGCUUUACGGCCAUAACCCUCCACCGACUCGGCCAAAGAGGUGUGCAACACAUUGCUACAUUGCACGUACGAUUCAGUAUCACCAGCAAUGUACGAGGCUUACUUCUUUCUGGCCUGCUGCUGCCGCUGCUGGGUCUACUCUUCCAUUGCCAUAUGGAGGAGCCAAAGCCUUUAAUUCUGUCCCGGCCCCCGAUCUACACUCUGGAAGGGGGUUGAAUCCCGUGCAAGACAAGGGACAACAGGGUAUUGCUAUCUUCCCUGGUCACUCUGGGAAAGACAAGCCCCCUCAAGCUGCUGCUGCAGGUAAUGCUGUGGACACUGCUCAGAGAAAGCAACAGAUUAUGCUUCAGCAGGCAUUGCCAUCUGGAGCAUCAAGCAAUAUUCUGCAUGGUCCUGCUUUCAUAUUUCCUCUAAGUCAGCAGCAGGCAGGAGCUGCAGCAGCUUCAGCCCGUCCUGGCACUGUUAAGUCACCUCCUGCACUACAAGGUUCUGCAUCUUCGGCAAGUGCAACUGCUCCUCCUCCUUCAGUUACCAGUGCUGCAACAGCAAUGGCAGGAGCUGCUGCAGCAAUGAGCUUUAGCUACCCUAAUAUGCCUGCCAGUGAGACUCAGUACUUGGCGUUUCUGCAGAACGGUGCGUACCAAAUUCCUAUUCCGGCACAUGUUGGGGCUGCAGCAUGUUACAGAGGAACACCUCCUUUGCCCUUCUUCAACGGGUCUUUCUACUCUUCCCAAAUGAUUCACCCUUCACAGCUUCAGCAUCAACAACAACAACAACAACAACAACAACAACAACAACAACAGCAACAGCAACAGCAACAGCAACAGCAAACAUCUCAUGCACAGCAAAACCAGCAGGGUCACCAAAACCCUAGUGGCAUGUCUAGUGGUUCUUCAUCGUCCCAAAAACACUUGCAGAAUCAGCAGCAGCAGCAGCAGAGAUCGUCACAUGGUCCUGCUGUCAAUGUUGGCAAUGGAGGAAAUCUGCAGAGCUUCCCUGUUCCCAAAAACCAGCCAUCACAGCUGUCACUACAGCAGCUUCAGCAGAGGCAGCAGCAGAUUCAGAACCAGACUUUCCCACAUCAUCAAGGGCGGCAACUAGAGAAUGAAAUGGGCGGGGAGGACAGUCCGUCCACAGCCGACAGCAGCCGAACCUCCUCCAGACCAAACAUGACAAUGUAUGGGCAGAGUUUCUCGAUGCCAAUGCACCCGCCUAACUUUGCUAUGAUGGCACCUGCAUCAAUGGGAGGAGGGAUGAGCGGUAGUAGCACAGGUGGGAACAACCCGAGCGAGAAGAAAUCGUCCCAGCAACAACAAAAUAAUCAUGGGUCCAAAGCUGGUGGAGCUGAAGCCUUGCAAUCACAGGCUUUUGCCAUGUCCUUUGGGUCCAUCAGUGGCGCCAUGGCUACUCCUGGCCUUGACAUGUCCUCUUUGGCACAUAAUCACCCACUUUUCCAGAACCUAUCCGAGUCUACGAGACAGGGGUAUCAGUUCAUGGCAGCUGCUGCGGCUGCCCAAGCAGCACAGCAUAGUAAGAAGAAUAACAAUAACUACCGUGUUUCCGAGGAUGGUAAGAGUGGAGGGAACAAUGGAACUCAUAUGGAGGAAGACAGAAAGGUCAUGGUGGGAGGACCAAAGGCCCCUGCUCCAGGACAGUCAAUAGCUUUCUCAAGGACAGAUUUGUCAGAUUCAUCCAACAGUGUAAUGGAUAGCUCUGCCAGGACUUUGAACAUUGGUUCCUCUGCUGCUCGGGCGCCUGGUGUGCAGCAGCAACUGCAAAGAAAUCAGCACCAGCAACAACACCACCAUAUACAGCAACAACAGCAGCAGAUGAUGCAGCUUCACAAGCAGCAGCAGCAGCAGAUUGCCGCUGCAGCAGCUUCUGGCCGGAACAAACCCCCUUCCAGCAACGGAAACCUUUACCCAGACCACAUGCCUCCAUCAAUUGCAGCUAAGUUUCCUAACGCAAUGUCUGCAUUUCCUCAGAAUUUCCAGACUGGUAGUAGCCCUGCUGGUCAAAGCCCUCAGUGGAAGAACUCUGUGAGGCCAGCUGCUCCUUCCUCGUCAUUCAACUCGCCAAGUUCAUCAUCAUCACUUAAACAGCUGCCACAACAGCAGAGCAGCCGAGGAGGGCAACCGGGAGGUCAUACCCAAAUAUCCUUUGCAUCCAAUCCUAAGCAACAGUCAUCGACAUUGCAGCAACAACAACAGCCACCUCCAAGUGGUAGCAAUCAUUCUCCAUCUCCACCAGUAAUGGUGGGUUCUCCCACCACGUCGUCUAUCUCCAAAGGUGGUGCUGGUGGAAGUCCAAGGACAACUUCAACGUCAAACAGUAACAAAGGUGGGCAACAACAGUCUUCUCAGCAGGGAAAGAACUCGCAUUCCCAUUCUCCAUCGGUGGCUACCCAAAAAUCUUCAUCAGCUGCGGGAGGAAACAUUCCAUCCAUCCUUGGCCAUCCUCAUAACACUCAGACGUCAACCACCAGCUCAAGGGGUCAACAACAACUGUCCCAGCAGCAGCAACAACAUCUGCCUAAGAUGCAAGCACAGUUGCUGUAUAACGCUGCUUUCAUGCAGGCACAAGCUCAGCAACAGCACCACGCUCAACAAAACAACACUGCAGCCUCAGCAUCUCCAACGAGCGGGUUCUAUCUCCAGAGACAUCGUGGCGACCAACAACAGCAGCAGGGAUCGACGCCUCCGCCCUCGUCGUCAGGGAUGCUGUCAUUGUGCCCACCGACCAGCCUUGCCAACUCUCCAACGACCGACCCUGCAAAGUCGGCUGCCGCUGUUGCUGCUAACAACAUGAAGGGUGGUGGUGGUGGUGGGGUGUUGCCAAUGCAUGCACAGUUUGCCGCCGCGGCAGCUUCGUCGGGGAAGGGGGGACACCAGGUUGGUCCUGGUGGGGGUUUCUCGUACGUGCAGCAUUCUGUCCCGGCUGGUGUGCAGGUGAAGCCGGCAGAGCAGAAGCAGCCAGCUGGUGAGUAAAAGUAAACCCCCCUGCUGCUGUAUUUAUUUUGCUUCCCAGAAAGAAAGAAAGAAAGAAGGAAAGUAUCCGCCCCUGCAUCACCUCGCCGGAAGGUGGUGGUGUUGCUGUCUGGUCUGGUCGAGGGGAAUGGAAGGAAGGAAAGAUGGUAGUUGAGAAUAUAAUAAGAUUUUGGAAGGAGAAAAGAGUUUGAGAAGGGAAACUCUUUUCUCAGUGUUGAUAAAGAAUGACUGAAAAUGGGAAGGGAUCUAAUCUUUAAUUUGAUUGGAAGAGAUGGAUGAAGAAGAGAGAGGGCAGUGGUCUCUUUACUUGUCCUGGGUUUGUUUGUAACGAGGUGUUGUUGGUUUCUUCUUCUUCUUCUUCUUCUUCUCCUAGAGUUGUUUCUAUUGUUGGUUUUUGAUGUUGCAGAUAAUAGAAGAAGAGGAAUUAGGCAGGGUAGUUUUUUUCCUUCCCUUGUCAAGCAAGCACAAUUCUCCUUUUGUUGAUUAGUGUUAGUAUUAUAAAUAUAUUUUAUUUAAUGAUAUUAGAUUGAUUAUUGUAAUGAGGAAACAGUUAUGAAAAUGGAGCAAGUGGAAACAGGCAUGUUGAAAAGAGAAAUGUGGAGGCAGAUAUGAUGAUGAUUGAUAAGAAGAGAGUUUGACAUGUUGUUGGGUAAUUUGUAGGGUUUGGUUGAAUGCUGCCUGCAAAUCUGUUUAGUCGUAGUAUUGUGGGGAGGAUUGUCGAGGAUUGUGAAAGAAAGGUAAAGGUGUAGCCUUUAGGGUUAAAAAGGAAUUUGGCGAACAAGUGGUUGGUUGGUUUUAAAAUGGUGUGGGGGCCAGACAGGGAAUAGAAAAAACAAAAGGGUGGGUUUGUAGUUGGAAAAGGGAAGAGAAAAGGUGGAGAUGAGGCAAAAUUUGAAGAUUAAUGAUGAUGAUGAUGUCCACGUGGCGCUUCUCUACUUGAUUAUAUCUAAUUAAUUAAUUAAUCCCAAAGAUCUUUCCUUCUCUCUUUAUGGACCGAAUUGGGGGUCCAUUUCUUUCUGUUUCCUAUUAACAAAAGGCAGUGUGGGGACAGAGACAGACAUGAAUGUGCUCAAAAACUUACCUUACCUUGAUUUGUGAGUUUUGUCUUUUUUUUUACUAGUCAAGUUUAUUCCUGUUUUCCUAAAGGGGUUUGUGUAACAUUCCGAAUCUUUUCUCGACGGAGAUAUUGUCCGUUUUGGGCCUUGACACUCACGGUUUUGGAUUUGGAGUGCAAUUCAAGGUGACUUCUCAUAAGGUCACUCAUCCUUGUUGUACUCCACACUGAGCACGUUUAACUUCGAAGUAAGCACAAGAACUCCUCCAUUUACCCAAAAACGUGUUUUGUCAGUUAAGGCCGGUUUCCUACUUAUGAACCAUGGAUCUCUCUCGUACUUUGUCGAUGUGGGAUUUGCCUAAGGUGUUACAUUUUGUUUAGUUCUGGGUUUCCCUUAUGCAACAAACAGUGCAUUGCUCUCCCUCUCAUUCAGACUCGGUUCAGCUAUCGUGAGCGGGUAAAUCCGCGGGCAUGCACACUGUAACACAUACAUUUAUUGUGUCACCGUGUACAAUAUAUAACAUCUCAGCUCUUUUUUUGAACGAUAUCGGACUAACCCCGCAUAGUUUUUUUUGGUUGAAAUCUGUUAUGGUGAGUUCUUAUGAGGUCAUUUGAUUUUGAAGUAUUUUACACCGACUGCGUUUAACUUUAGAGUUUUCACAAGAAGUUGUCCCUUUCAUCUCAAAAUGUGUAUUGUCAGCAAAUGUUGGAUGUGCUUAUUAUACACGGCAACAAUCAAUUUGGAAGUCGAAU